CGGUGUAUGCCGGGGGGGUACGUCCACUUACAUGACUUAUACUAAGUUUAUCAACAGGUGUUGACGAUUGGGCCAAACCGUCAAAUCUUCUUUCCAGAGUUAAACUUCCACGCAUACAAGGAGUAGCAUUUGAUUGGAAGGCUUGCAGUUGGAAUUUAUCAAAGUGGCCGCUCUCCUGCAGAAUAUUUGCCCGAAAAUGGCUGCGGUAAAGGCUUUUCAGGGAGCACCAUUCGGCACACAAAAAUCACGGUUUGAUGUGUCUGGGGUCCAUCCUCAGAGUAAAAUGCCAGGAACAUUCACCGAAGUCUGGUAUGACAACAAAUCAAUGACAGGAUUGAGGAGAAAACGAGGACCGGGUACCUACAAGGUGGAGGUUGGAACCUUCAGUCAGAAUGCCGUUGAGAACAGAGCUUCAGGGCCAGGAUGGGCUAGGGCUUAUGAGACUGCACGUAUGGCAGCCCUGCCCCAUCUACUACACAAAGACCAAUGGGAGAAGAAGAAGAUGUUGGUCAAGAACCUUGGGCCUGGGACCUACAACAUCAAAGACUUUCUGCAUUUGAUGGACGACCGGCCUCGAAGCACGCGAGGAAUCUGUCAGACCAGAGAGAGUCGCUUCCGAGGCACAGCAACGAGCGAAGUUCCAGGCCCAGGAACCUACGGUGAGGGUGGUAUACCCCAUACUGCUGUGGAGAAGAAAGCUCAAGUCUCGGCAAGUACUGUAGGUUUACUAGAUGCUGGGUCCUCAACACCUAGACAUCUGCCUUCAGUGGGUUGUGAGUUGGGUCCAGGCACCUACGAGACGGAAAGCUUCACCGACAAACUUGCCAAGAAGGUUACCAGUCUGAGAGGCCCCUACGAUCUGUUCACAGGCGACAGGAACGCUGUCAUCAAGACGGGUCAUCUAGCCAAAGCAGGUCAGCAUCACUUAGGUCCUGGUCAGUACAGUCUGAAAUCCUUCGUGCAUAAGUGGGACGAUGAACACCACCAAUGGCAGGGUAGGUUUGGCAAGCAUUCCCAGUAUCCGGAGAGACCUACCGAGAGGAUGCACUGCUCCACACUCUCCCAGUGGCCUAGAUGCCAGAGUGAACCAGGUCCUGGGCAUUACACAGCCAGGGAAUUGACCAGAGUAGAAGGCAAAAAUCUCCCUCCAUUUAUCUCGUCAGCAGAACGAUUUGACAAGCGAGCUCGCAAGUUCUUUACAGGACAAACGAACCCCGUAGGAGCAGGCCGCUAUGACUUGCAACGUUAUGAAGAUGCCCAACAUCGCAAUGGCCACAGGAGUGUCUUCAACUCCAAAGUUAAAAGAGAGAGGACGAGUCGGGAUAACAUGAUGCAAGAGCGUAUACGAGCAAUCAACCUCAGACCAGAAGACAAAAGUGACCUGACGGUGCAGAAAGGAGAGGAUUAUAUCAAGGCCAGACGAGUCAUCUAUACACAGCAGUAGAGGGGGCACAGGAGGGUUGGGAAAUGGGGUUGGGGGUUAAAUUAAUACGACUUCAGAGUAGCUUGUAAGUUUAUUGAGAGGAAGACAUACAUGUGCAUAUGAAUGGCUUCUUUGAUAACUUCAGUUAUAGGUCCUUUUUCUGGGAAGUAUGCUGGAUAAGUUACUCUUUGGGGAAAAUCAUGAGGGAUUCCAAGUUGAGAUGCUGCUGAGGAGAUGGUUUUUCCCCCUGUACUGCUAAGAUGGGAUUCAUGAAACCUCAGAAAUCAGAGACUUGGCAAGUUGCAGCAACAAAGAGUAGGAAACAAACCAGUCCAAACAGAUGUAUCACAGACUACAUGAAAAAUCAGUUGUGUUUGGAUCACUUCAGAGGCCACAAAUAUAAUGUCUCCGUUAAUUGGAGGAAUUCCUAAGCCAUGAAUGGACACUAUUAGCCUUAUUGCUUCCUUCAUCAAAGAAUAAUUCUGUGAUACUGCAAAUCAGCUGAACAUAAAAUCCAUUUCCCAGUCUCACAAAGGCAGUUGUUGCCUGCUACGAUUUUAAACAUUUUAAAGCGAUAGAACCGUGUAUCCAGGAAAUACAAACAAUGUGACCUUGUUGCCGACUGCCCUCUGACAUAGUGCUUCCUCGUGUACAGACUGCAUCCAAACAUGCUUGCUGCAGCCAGCAGCGAAUGCAUCAGCAUGCAAGGCAAGUCACUGCAGCGGCUAGGCUUUGGCCUCUAUGAGUUCAUUUAGUUUUAUCAGCCAGAGCCAGGCUUUUGGAAAAAGCUACUACAUGUACAUUGUACACAACUGACAUCAACUGCACUGUCCUACGAAAUGAAGUCCUAUGCAAUACUGACACAUUUUGAUUUCAGAUUUCAAUGCAGCUGUUCACCGUGUGAUUUGCAUGUACAGUGUUUAUUUUUGUAUAAUUUACAUAAAAUAUAUCAAGGGUGCUUGCUAAAUACACGUACUUUGCACUGGUUUGGUACACUUGUGUAAAAAGUUUGACUUGAUCUGCAAUAAUGAGUGUCUUAAUGAGAAGAGUAACAAAUAUCUCUAUUUACCUCAGCGUUACACAAGAAUGGCUGACAAAGUGGGUGGAUUUUGCAAUAUUAGUCUCAUAACGAAAACUUAACUUCUGAGGUAAUUGACCCUGACACUUUUAAUUAAAGGGUUGUAUUAUUAUUUCCUUUCUUUUAAGGAACUGAGCUCAAGAACAAGUCUCCAUUUUGUGGAAUUUGACCAUUUUUUUUGCAACUAGGCACUUUGAAAGAUAACAAAAACCCUGUCAGCAUUUCAAAGGCAGAAAAUUUAUACAAAAUCAAAUCCUGAAAACAAUUAAAAAAGGGAGUCAUAAUAGCUGGAACUGCGAAUAAAAUGAACCUUUAAAAACCAGCAAAUUGGUUUUUACAAGA